AUGACGGGAAAGCUGAAAGCGAUUCCAGAAGCGCGUUUUAGCGCGAUCCAGAUCGCGUCACCCCGCAGUCUCGCGACAAAGUCCCAAAAACACCACAUGUCAACAAUGACAACGAUUCAAUACAUGCCCUUCUUCGACACACAAGCAUCCUCGCCGCGCAUUCGAGACGCCAAUGAGCGCCAUCGCCUCCCACGCACCGCCUCCCACGCUCGAUACAGCACGCCGACCUUUACAUACAUUCACUGCCACGCCCAUCAGCAUGCCACGGCCAAACUUCCCGACGACGACUGCUUCGGAUACCAGAGCAUUCCAGUCCCAGCGUACCACAAGCGAAACCCACACCCGAUGCUGCAUCGUCAACUGCACGUUCUUCGAUCUUUCCUCCACUACUCUUCUCUUACACUAUCCUCCGACGACAUGGCCAGCGACCACGCGAGUCAAGCCUCGAUCCAGAGCUCAUGCCCGAUGAGUGCAAGCAGGAAAAUGCGAGUAUGGCAUGCGCUCUCUGUAGGAGUUCUGCGGCACAAACGGCACUGUGGGCCACGGGCUGUCGUUUCCUCGGGCGUGGAACUGAGACAAGGGCGGGAGAGCCAGCGUAACGGUUGGUGUCGGACAGGAGAGGCUCGAUACUUCCGACAGGUGAUGAAGCUGGAUGUGUUCGGCGAAGCGAUAGAUAUGGUCAGGAAGAAGAAGCCGAAAAAUGAACACAACAAGAAGACGACGACGCGGAAGGAGGUGGAAGAGGAUGUGAACAUCCAGGACAAAACGAAUGACUUCUUGAUCUCGAGGACAACGAUGCGAGUCAUGUGCACGCCGAGCGUGCAAAGAGAGCCGAUCGAACCGAGAGCAGAUAGUAGAAGUAGCAGAGCACGGGUCACAAGCACAGGAUCGUCAGCAAUGGAUUCGGCGCGCCACGCAUGA